GUCCCACUGGCAGGCUCUCAGUGAUGGGGAGCAGGGUACAGAGCAUUGACCCCACGCACAGGAUAAAUGACAGAGACUACAUGGGCUGGAUGGAUUUUGGCCGCCGCAGUGCUGAAGAAUACGAGUACUCUUCCUAA